AUGUGUCCCGGCUGCAAGGUACCCAGGGACGCUAUCAAGAUCUUUGACAUCUGGCGCCUGCCUAAAUACCUUAUCAUUCAUCUGAAAAGAUUCCAAUGUCCUGGCGCGUGUGGAAAGAUUAGGUCGCUUGUCAACUUCCAUUUGACGGAACUCAGCCUGGCGCAUGUAACUCCCCAAGCCCCAACGGCGUCGUGUUCUUACGACUUAUACGCGGUUGUGAAUAAUUCUGGAACGAUGCAAUCUGGACACUACACUGCUUUCUGCCUUGAUAAAACUGACAAGCAUUGGUACAAGUUUGACGAUAGUAUCGUUACCUAA